AUGACUCCGACAGCUGCAACCUUGAUAGCAUUCAGGUCGAUUGUGAGAAGCUCACUAUUGGCGACGCCAUCACAUCCAGCUCGACGAUUGCUACAGGGUGGCGGGCUGCAUGUUAAGCCUGCAAGUAGACGUGCAAUCAGUGCCAGCGCUGUACGACACCAGGACGACAAGCCAGCAAAGCCGGCGAAGAGAAAGGCAGCUCGUACGGAGACUAGCACAUCACUCAAACGCGUUUUAAUUGAAGCACAACGCUCGAGAGCAGUCCUUGGCCAUGGCAAAAGGGCUCACGUGAAUCCAAAUCUCGAGACUAAGGAUGUGACGGCCUUUUGCGCUGCUGAGACCUACAACAUCUCCGUAGCGAGUGACGUGUUCAAACAACAAGGCUUCAAUCGAGACCCUUUGCAGACUGGCCUAUAUCCGCAAGUGCUACAUGUGCAGACUGAAAACAUCGUUGAGAGAGACUCCACCACGGGUGCGCGUAGCGAGAGAGGUGUUGGUGAUGUCUUUGUCUUUCCGUCAGGCACUGUGGUUGCUUGGAACGUGCCCGAAGCUCUGGUCUACAAGAUGGUUGAGCAAUGGCUACCAAAGGCAGCAGAAAACGGCCACCUUGACAAGCUUGAAGUGGAAGACAUGGAGUACCUCGAAGAUCCCUCGCGCGACUCCUCCAAGAUCGUUGGCGACACGAUCAUCCUUGGAACAAACGCCAGCGGCUCAAUGGCUGAUGUGAAAACUUCUAACUCUAUGGCAGCCGAAGACGACCCAGCCCACCAGCGACACGAGACAGACACUGUCCUGGCGAAAAUAGCAUUCAGCAGUGCGCUGGCUCGUAGUACCAAGCUCGCCGUGCUUGAGAACCUGCUCAGCAAUUACUUCACAACUACUCGAUCCAUACCAACCACCUUAUCAGCAGGGAGCCGGCUUCGCUUCUCCCGUGCUUUCAUACUCAAGAAGACAGGUGAGCUCCUCAGCAUCCGCGCACAACUGAAUCUCUACUCGGAGCUCACAGACAGCCUGCCCGAUCUCUUCUGGGACUCGCCUCACGAAUUAGGAUUGGAAAACUACUACGAGCAAGUCGGCCGUGCACUAGACGUCGGGAUCAGGAUCAAGGUCCUGAAUGAGCGCAUGGACUAUGCUAGUGAGAUUGCUGCUGUGCUACGAGAGAGGUUGUCGGAGAAGCAUAGUACGGAGCUGGAAUGGCUGAUCAUCUUCUUGAUUUCCGUUGAGGUUGCCUUCGAGAUCAUGCGAUUAUGGCGGGAGAGCAAGGAGAAGAAUGAUCCUGAGACGACGGAAGCCUUGUUGCAUGAGUACCUACAGAAGCAAUUGACGAAGCAAUGA